AUGACAAAUUCAAGUUCACCACCAAUUACUUCAUCGACAAAUCAUAAUUCAACAGCGACAACAUUUUCCAAUUAUUAUGAUUCAACAAAUGCUGCUGCUGCUGCUGCCGCUGCUUAUUAUUCACCAACGACAAAUCGUUUGAUACAUCCAUCAUCUGGAUCAGCACCAUCCUAUAAUGUUCAUCAAACAAAUCCAUAUUCCGGUUAUACAGAUGCAGCUGCAUAUCAUUUACUAUCACGUCCAUCAGCAGUGGCUUAUUCUUAUGCAAUGUCAACUGUUAAUUCGAAAGAAAAAGCGAAACCGGCCAUGAGUUAUAUAGCAUUAAUAACAUCAGCUAUUCAAAAUAGUCCAGAUCAAAAAUGUACUUUAAAUGGUAUUUAUCGAUAUAUUAUGGAUCACUAUCCAUAUUAUCGAGAAAAUAAACAAGGUUGGCAAAAUUCUAUUCGACAUAAUUUAUCAUUAAACGAUUGUUUUGUUAAAGUAACACGAGAUGAUAAACGACCAGGUAAAGGAUCUUAUUGGAUGCUUCAUCCUGAUUCACAUAAUAUGUUUGAAAAUGGUUCAUUUUUACGACGACGUCGUCGUUUUAAACAAGAAGCUACAAAUAAUCAUCAUCGACAUCAACAAGGAUCACGACAAAAAGGACGUCAAAAUUCACCCAAUUUAACUAGUCCAAAUAAUCAUUCAACUACAAAAGCAAGUCGUUCUCGAACUCAACUUGAAAAAGAUUCACCAUCAGAUGGUACUGAUUGUUUACCAUCACCAAAAAAGAAACAUGCUGCUGAAUGUAUAACACCAAAAAUGGAACCAGUUGAAGCCAGUGAAUCAGGUGAUCAUUUAUCAGCAUAUGCUCAUUUAUCUUCACCAAAAACACCACCACCGCAGCCAGCACAACAACAACCACCACCACCACCACCAUCAAUGAGAAUACCAAAUUUUUCUCUUUUUGAUACAAUGACAUCUGCUGGAAUAUAUGAUCCAACUGUUACUUCAUCAUCAAAUGGUAAUAAUAAAACGAAUUUUCAUCAUAUUCAAAAUGGUAAUCAUCAUAAUGGACAACAUAUUUAUUCUGCACAUAAUGAUUAUGGUACUUCUUCUGUUCCAACAUCGAAUGGAUAUUGGCCUUAUUCACCACAAGCAUAUUUCCCGAAUGCAACACGACAGUAUAUGAUAAAUCAAACACCUUCAACAUCACUACCUGAUACAUGUUCAUCACCUACAGAACAAGACUUAUCCUAUCAUCCACAUGGUUCUUAUUCACAUAUGCAAAAAAUGGUUGGAAAUUAUCCAACUAGUUAUGAAUUUUAUCAACAACAUAAUACUAAAUACUGUUAG